CUCUAGGCUCAUUGGUAGUACCCUUCGCUGAAGAUUGAAUCGAAAGAAAGUCGAGCCUAUAGGAACCAUACCGAUAAUCGUUCCUCUGGAACAACAGCGAAUCCGUUCGCCAUGUUCGCCACUCUCUGUCCGAACUGCAUGGGCGAUAAGAUCAAGGAGGAUGCCGUACAGGGAAAGAGCUAUUGUUUGAGCUGUGGUACGGUGCUGAAUGAGAUGGUGUUGACGGAAGAGGUCGGUUUUCAAGAGACUUCCUCUGGAGCAGUAGUUGCGGAUGGAACGAGGUUAUCGGCAGGAGCUAUGGGCGUAUCGUUCGGCAAACAGGGUCGAUACGGUGGGACAUCUCAGGAGUUCACCGAAGCUGCCGGGAGAAGAAAGUGUGUAGAUCUUGCUUCGAAGAUGGCGUUGGGUCCGGGUGUUGGAGAAGAAGCCGGUCGUAUAUGGUUUCUGGCCUAUCAAGCAAGGUUCACUCGGGGUAGACGAGGAGACCUGGUCGUCGCUGCUUGUCUUUACGUGGCUUGUCGGACGAAGAAGUAUCCUUACCAGCUGAUCGAUUUCUCAUCGGCACUGAGCAAUGUCAACGUCUUCGAACUCGGUGGCGUCUAUCUCAAACUCCUCAAAGCGGUCCCCAUCAAAGACCCGCUUCCCCUUGACCCAUCGAUCUAUAUCCACCGAUUUGCUUCGAUGUUGGAAUUUGGCGAGGACACCGAAAAGGUCAAGAAUGACGCUACGAGCCUCGUCAGUGGAUUCAAGAGGGAUUGGAUGGUCGAAGGUCGACGCCCUUCAGGUAUCUGCGGAGCUGCGUUAAUCUUGGCAGCGAGGAUGAACAACUACAGGCGAUCGGUCGCAGAAAUCGUACAGGUCGUCAAGAUCGCCGAUUCGACCUUGAAGAAACGAUUGGAAGAGUUUCAACAGACGCCCGCCGGUCAGAUGUCGGUCACCGAGAUCCGUCAUAGGUGGGUACUGGACAAAGAAGGUACCAUGGCGUUCCCUUCGUCGGCCGCACCUCCUAUCUUCAACAAGCACAGGCGGGUCGAAGCGCUGCAGGCGGAAGCGUCAGCUAGGGCAGCUCGGAGAGCGAGUUCGGAGCGUGGAUCGAGCGCAGGCGAGGAUAGUGACGAGGAUGACGAUGACGAGUCUGGCUCGCGUAAAAGGAAGAGAAAGCUCAACAAAGGCAAAGAGGUCAAGCGAGUCAAACGGGACAGGGAGAACAGCGCUACGCCAAGUUCUCGGGGCGGAACACCUCGGGGAGAGUCUCCGGCAGGACAGAGAAACUCGCGAGCAGGUCCAGGGCCGACCACCCUAGCGAACGCGAUGGAGUCGGCUAGAUCGGUCGAGCAGGAAGAAAGAGACGAUGUUGAAGGAGACGAAGACGAUUUACUCAACAAUCCGAUCGCGGACCAAAUCGUCGGGGAUGAAUUGACUGAUGCGUUGGCGGACGAUGAUGUCGCUGAAGCGUUGAUGAAGAUCGAGCAUACCAAGGAGGAAGAGCUGAACCACAUCCAGGAGGAUAUCGCCCGUCGACCUGACGAUGACCCUCUGAAGGGUUUGGACGAGGACGAGCUCGACGAUUAUAUCUGCGAUCCGAUUGAAGCCAAGAUCAAGAUGCAUACCUGGAUCGAUACUAACAUGGACUAUCUCAUCAAAUUGCAAGCGAAACUACGAAAGAACAAGCUGGAUGAACUACGUGACGAAGCUGAGGCUGAACACAAGAAGCCGCGCAUGCGUCGAGGUCCCGUCGGGCCUGCCGAAAGCGCCGCCGAGUCGGCCAAGGGUCUCAUCGAACGUAGACAGUACAGUCGAAACGUCAACUACGGGGCUCUGGAAAGGCUUUUCGAGUCCAACCCCGAUGACGAGCGUGAUUCGCGGGAUGGUACGCCUCUUCAUGGGGUAGAUGAGAAGACGGACGAAAAGGGAGAAAACGAUCAAGAGCAUGAUGGUGAAUCUGAUGAAUUGAUGACCCGGAUAGCAGAGUGCUUACGAAUGCUUUGCUUACUCAGACGAAGAGAAAGGUGAAGAUAAUGGUAAUGACAAGGCGGACGAUUACGAUGAGGAAGACGAAGAACCUUCUUACCGACAUCAAUCUCACGCCGAUCACGAGCAGUGGGAUUGAAUGAUGGAUGGGAUUACGUGUAUCGGGCUGUGUGUAUUCUGCAUAUCUUACGAAUGAGUUGUAUCUAUUGGUACAGAGACUGAGAUAGAAUAGCCAGAUCUAUAGUUAUGCGUGCGCU